AUGCCCUCAGCGACAGGAACCAAGCGCAUUAGAGGCGUUUCAGUCUUCCGACCCUUCGUCUUCGGCAGCGAAGCCCAACCCUUCGACCCAGCCAAAAAACCCCCCAACGUGCCAGCAGACCACACACACCAAUGGCGAGUAUUCGUGAAAGGCGUCAACGACGAAGACAUCUCCUACUGGUUGAAGAAAGUGCAAUUCAAACUUCACGAGACCUACGCCCAGAACGUCCGGACGAUCGAACAACCCCCCUUCGAAGUAACCGAGACAGGAUGGGGAGAAUUCGAGAUCCAGAUCAAACUAUACUUUGUGCCUGAGUCAACCGAGAAACCCCAAACGCUGUGGCAUAGUUUGAAACUGCAUCCGUAUGGGCCGGACGCGGAGGCAAAGAAAGAGAGACGGGAAUUGGUGGUCAGUCAGAAUUAUGAGGAGGUGGUGUUUAAUGAGCCGGUGGAGCAGUUUUAUGAGCUGUUGACGGGGGUGGGGGCGGGGACGGGGACAUCAGGAGGGGGGCAGAAGGGGAAGGGGGGGAAGAAUACGAAACAGUCGCAGAUGUUGUUGCAGAGGGGGGUGAGGACGGCGGAGAUUCCGUUCAAUGAGACGCCAGAGAAUCCGUAUAGUAAGGGGGCGGAGAGUAGUGAGAUGGAUCGGUUGGGGGAGGCGAAUAAGACGGUCGAGGGGAUGAUUAAGUUGGAGAGGGAACGAUUGAUUGAGAGGGAGAAGAAGUUGGCGGAGUUGCGUGCGAGUGAGGGUAUUCCGGCGACUACGAAGAAGCGGUAAGGGUGUGUGGGGGAUAGGGGUAUUUGGGUUAUGAUUUUGAGAGCCAUGGGCUUGAUACGCUUCGGUUCAUGACGGUCUUUUCGAGAUGUGCUUCUCUUCUCCGGUGGAGGGAUGGCUCUAUGCUGCAUCGGGAAGAAGCCAGGGCUGUUCCUCGAAGUGCUCCCUUUAGAGGGUGGGACAAGGUUUAUCAGUGGUCUUUGGAGACCGUGAAGGGCUUAAGACCCUGGGGGUACUGGGCCCUCAUUGCAGCGAUGCUUUAAGCUACCAGGCUGCGUGCAUAUCAAUAUGCACUAUUGGGAAGCUUACGGUGGCAUGUCUAGU